AGAUAGGUACACGUCGUACCCAAACUCUAGCAUAGACGGUGUGAAUGAAAAUACUGUAUAUAUAAAAAAAAAAAAGUUAUCGACGAGAGAAACUCCGAAAAGCAGAGAACUUUAUUCUCUCCUCUAACCUCUCAACUUCUGCUGGAUCUCUCCAGCAGACGGACGAUCUUCUUCGGAGAGAUUCUUAGGGGACCGAACGAUCGAUCGAUCCAGGCUUCUCGGGCAAACAGAAGUGCAGAAAUGGACCACGACAAGACAGGAUGCCAAAGCCCACCCGAGGGUCCCAAGCUAUGCAUCAACAACUGCGGUUUCUUCGGAAGUGCUGCCACAAUGAACAUGUGUUCCAAGUGCCACAAGACUAUGUUGUUUCAACAGGAACAGGGGGCUAAGCUUGCAUCUGCAGUGUCUGGAUCACCCAGCAACAUCCUAAAGGAAACCUUCACUGCUGCUUUGGUUGAUGCUGAAACCAAAUCCGUCGAGCCCAUGGCUGUCUCUGUACAAGCUGUUGCAGAAGUAGUAGCACCAGAAGAAGCUGCAGCAAAACCAAAGGAAGGGCCCAGCCGAUGUACUACUUGCAACAAACGGGUUGGUUUGACUGGAUUCAAAUGUCGCUGUGGCGACCUCUUCUGCGGGACACACCGCUAUGCAGACGUACACAACUGCUCUUUCGAUUACCAUGUUGCUGCGCAAGAAGCUAUAGCCAAAGCGAACCCGGUUGUGAAGGCAGAUAAGCUUGACAAGAUCUGAAUCUCAGAAACUCUGUUUCCUUCUUCAUGUCUGUGUAUGGUUCAAGCGUGUGCUGCUCUUUUGCUUCUUCCAUUCUCUCUGCAGUAUCUGUGGUGUGAAAACUUUUUAUAUUAUCUUGUGUUUGCAAGCAGAAAAGUGUGCUCUUAAAUAUAUAUAUAUAUAUAUAUGCUUUGAUGUGUU